AUGCGGGAGCGGGAGCUGCAGCGUGUGGGCAGGAGAUUGCUGCUGUUGGGCAUCUGUCUGCUGUCUCUCUGGGGUCAGCUGAGUCUGGCCUCAACACAUCGCAGCCAUAUUGUACACGUCAAAGCGGGAACCUGUGAGGUCAUUGCAGCCCACCGCUGCUGUAACAAGAACAAAAUCGAGGAGCGCUCCCAAACUGUCAAGUGUUCUUGCUUCCCUGGGCAAGUUGCUGGGACAACAAGAGCGGCUCCUUCCUGUGUGGACGCUUCUAUAGUAGCGCAGAAGUGGUGGUGUCAGAUGCAGCCGUGUAUGGAGGGCGAGGAGUGUAAGGUGUUGCCGGAUCUAAAAGGUUGGAGCUGCAGCACGGGAAACAAAGUCAAGACGACCAAGAGCUGGAACAGGACCAAACUUGCAUGCUAAACCCUCCCAGAUCCAGAGGAGCUAGCGGUUCCGGUCCCUCAGUGUGCUGCUCUCUAUUUCGGGCCGCUACCGCUGAGCUCAUGCUGGUGGUGUGCUUAAUGACACUUGUAGGUGACAAUAAAAUGUGCCUGUGUGAGCAUGUGUCAGUCUCCAUACUAACACCUCAUGCCUUAGAGGAAACUUCUAAUAGAAGAAUUUUCCAUUUUA